CAUAUACAUUCACUGUGCAUUAGGAGCAUCUACUGUGAAUAAUAACUUAUAAGCGUGUGAAGCGCGAGUGAGGGCGCCCUGUGUGAAGAGUAGAUCCAACCAAAUUUGGCUCAUGUAGAUAGAGAUAACUCAAUACUCUCUCUCUCUCUUAUAUUCAUGCUGGAAAUUAAAUAAUCAUUCGAAGGAGACUAUGGCAAUUAACGAUGCAAAGAUGCAGUACGAUCGAAUGAAAGAGGUAAAAGAGUUCGAUGAAUCCAAGAUUGGUGUUAAAGGCUUGGCCGACUCUGGCGUCUCUUACAUUCCUCGAUUCUUCGUGCACCCGUCCGAAAGUCUCACCGGGUUCAUCCCCUCUUCAGCAUCCAUUAACGCAGUCCCCGUCGUUAGUCUCUCUGGCAGUCAUUCCGACCGGAGGCGGGAAGUUGUCCGUGAAAUCCGAGAAGCCGCACGAACAUGGGGCUUCUUCCAAGUUAUAGAUCAUGGGAUCCAUGAACUGAUCCUCAACCAGACAAUUGCUGCCAUCAAGAGCUUCCAUGAACAGCCGGUGGAGAUCAAGAAGCAAUUUUAUAGACGAGACGAGAGAUGUAAUGUACUGUACGCACCCAAUCUGGACCUCACCCGUUCAAAGGCGGCAAGCUGGGGAGACACAAUUUACGUGCGGUUGGGAUCAAACCCAUCUGAACUCGAUCGGGUUCCGGCGGUAUGCCGUAAAGAGGUGGUGGCAUGGGCGGAGCACGUCAAAGAACUUGCUGAGACGCUAAUGGAGUUGCUGUGCGAGGGGUUGGGGGUGAGGCCGGGGAAAUUGAAGGAGUUAAGAUGCUUGGAAAGGAUGGCCGUGGUUGGUCACUAUUACCCCCACUGUCCACAACCUCAUCUGACCAUGGGGAUUCCAUCGCACACUGACCCAAGUGUUCUAUCAGUGUUGCUGCAGAACCAGAUUGAAGGAUUACAAGUUAGGCAUGGCGAAGACUGGGUGGGGGUGAAACCCUUGCCAGGUGCUUUGGUGAUUAAUAUAGGAGACUUUCUCCAGAUACUUUCCAACGACGAAUACAAGAGCUCAGUGCACCGGGUGAUAGGCAAUCGUUUCUGGGAGCCAAGAACCACUGUUGCCACUUUCUUCAAUGCUAGCCACAGAGACGACUCUGAGUACUACGGGCCGCUGGAGGAGCUACUGUCGCCUGAAAGACCUGCCGUUUAUCGUAAAUUUCUCAUCUCGGAGUUCAAAAACAAGUUCUUUAGCAAAGAAUUGGCUGACAACCAUUUGGUUGAUCAUUUCAAGUUAUAAAAGCCAGUAAUUUGUGUUCUUAAAGGAUAUUAUACUUUAGAGUACAUGGUAUUCAUGUAAAUUUUGAUGAAUGAUAUCUGAUAGUUUAUUAAUUGUACUUUUGUUA